ACACUAUUACGUCAUAUGUCUGCGCCAAAUCCACCUUCUAAAAUCUUCAAUGACAAUUUUCGCACGUCAGCGCACCAACAGGUUAUAUCACAAGUGACUGCCCUGCAAAGGGGCACAAACACAUUUGUAUUAAAAAUGUCUAAUUGUAUUGGUCCAGUGAUGAUUCGCCAGUGUUUAAAAUGCAGAGGUGCUCUGCAGCUCAGCUCACGCGCUUACAGUGUGCUCCCGCCCCCACGCGACAGUGAGGAGAAGGAGAUGUUGGACCGGAUGCUGCGGGUCGACCAUGCAGGUGAGUACGGGGCCAACCGGAUCUACGCCGGUCAGAUGGCGGUGUUGGGUCGAUCUAGGACUGGGCCUCUCAUUCAGGAAAUGUGGGAUCAAGAAAAGAAACAUCUUGAGAAAUUCAAUGAAAUUCUGGCUGAGAACAGAGUUCGUCCCACAGCACUGUUACCCCUCUGGAACAUUGCUGGGUUUGUAUUAGGUGCAUCCAGCGCACUCCUGGGAAAAGAGGGGGCCAUGGCCUGCACUGUGGCGGUGGAGGAGAGUAUUUCAGAGCAUUACAACAGCCAAAUAAGAGCUCUGAUGGAGAAGGACCCUGAGAGAUACACUGAACUGUUACAGGUAAUAAAGGAAUUCAGAGAUGAUGAGAUGGAACAUCAUGAUACAGGAUUGGAACACGAUGCCGAAUCAAUACCUGGAUACUGGCUUCUAAAAAAUGCUAUACAACUGGGCUGCAAAGCUGCAAUUUAUGUUUCACAACGUGUCUAACCUACUUGUGUCGACUCAUUUUGUGUACAUACAUUCUCCUAAAUUUAUAUUUUAUUUCAAACUCUACUCCCAUUGUAAAUGAACUUUCAUGUGUGUCCAUACGUUCUAAGAUUACAAUCAUUGCAGUAAUCAUUCCUCUGUUAUCUACAAGAACCUACAUUGUACUGCUUUGCUCAGUGUUCAUUACAUGGACUGCAGAACCUUUCUAAAUAAAAUUGCAUAUCUCUA